AUGGCAGUGUUAUUCAUCUUCCAUUAUCUCUUCUUCGUCUUUCUCUUCGUUCUUGUGUUCAGAUUCGUCUACAGCAAUCUCUGGAUCCCUUGGAGAAUCCAAUCACACUUCAAAAGGCAGGGCUUGACGGGUCCUCGUUACCGGAUAUUCACUGGAAACUCUUCCGAGGUGAGCCGAUUAACGGCGGAGGCGAAGUCAAAGCCGAUUCCUUCCGGCGACAAUCCUCACGAGUUCGUCCACCGUGUUGCGCCUCACUACCACGACUGGUCACUCGCCUACGGGAAGACGUUCCUCUACUGGUUCGGGUCUAAACCGGUCGUCGCCACGUCGGAUCCGAGUCUUAUCCGGGAAGCUCUGACGGUGACCGGUUCGUUUGAUCGAAUCGUUCACAACCCUUUGUCUAAGCUGCUCUACGCUCAAGGCCUUCCUGGUCUUAGAGGCCAGCAAUGGUCUUAUCAUCGUCGAAUCGCCAUUCAAGCUUUCACCAUGAGCAAAGUCAAGAGGUGGGUGCCAGAGAUGGUGAAGAGUACGAUGGUGUUGAUGGAGAAGUGGGAAGAGAAGAGAAACGGAGAAGAAGAGAUUGAGUUAGAGGUACACAGAGAGAUGCACAGUUUGUCUGCGGAGAUGUUAUCAAGAACAGCGUUUGGGAACAGCAUGGAGGAAGAAGGGAAACGGAUCUUUGCGUUGCAGGAGCAUAUGAUGCGUCUCUUCUACCGUGUUCGGUGGAGUGUUUACGUCCCUGGUUUUAGAUUCUUCCCUUCAAAGACAAACAGAGAGUUGUGGAAGGUCGAGAAACAGAUCCGUGGCUCUAUCUUGAUACUGAUUGAAAAUAAUGACAACAACACAUCAGGAGGGACUCUGCUUCAGGCGUUUAUGUCUCCUUACACGAAUCAGAACGGUGAAGAAGAGAAGCUUGGGAUUGAAGAAGUUAUAGACGAAUGCAAAACAUUCUACUUUGCAGCUAAGGAGACAACGGGGAAUCUCAUAACUUGGGUUUUAGUGCUUUUAGCUAUGCACCAAAAAUGGCAAGACAUUGCUCGGGAAGAAGUUACACGUGUCCUUGAAACCACUCCAGACAUCUUACAAGACCUCAAAACUCUAGGUAUGAUAAUCAAUGAGACGCUCAGGCUCUACCCUCCAGCGAUGACGCUAAACCGUGACACGCUAAGCAGAGCUAAGCUAGGAGAUGUUGAGGUUCCUGCAGGAACACAGCUCUACUUGUCGGUGAUCGCGAUGCAGCACGAUAAAGAGACGUGGGGAGACGACGCGGAGGAGUUUAAUCCGGGGAGGUUUGAAGAUCCAAGGAGGAAAGAGUCAGCUUUGCUUGUGCCGUUUGGGUUAGGUGGUAGGACUUGCGUGGGGCAGAAUCUUGCGGUGGUUGAGGCCAAAAUGGUAAUUGCUACGAUCUUGAGGCAUUACAGUUUCAGGUUGUCUCCAAGUUAUGUCCAUGCUCCUGUCUUGCUUGUGACAUUGCAGCCUCAAAAUGGUGCUCAUCUUCUCUUUACUAGGAUCUCCAGUUAA